AUGGCUGCCCGUCGUACCAUGGCCACCGACAACAAGUUCAAUCGCGCAAAGCCUCACGUCAACAUCGGAACCAUUGGUCAUGUCGAUCACGGAAAGACCACUUUGACUGCCGCCAUCACCAAGACUCUUGCUGGCAAGGGUCAUGCGAAGUUCAAGGACUACAACGAGAUCGACAAGGCACCUGAGGAGAAGGCUAGAGGCAUCACCAUCUCGACGGCUCACGUCGAGUAUGAGACCGACAAUCGCCAUUAUGCCCACGUUGACUGCCCUGGACACGCCGAUUACAUCAAGAACAUGAUCACGGGUGCUGCUCAGAUGGAUGGUGCUAUCAUUGUCGUUGCUGCUACCGACGGUCAGAUGCCCCAGACCCGUGAGCACUUGUUGCUUGCCAAGCAGGUCGGCAUCCAGAAAUUGGUCGUCUUUAUCAACAAGGUCGAUGCUAUCGAUGAUCCCGAGAUGUUGGAGCUCGUCGAGAUGGAGAUGCGCGAUGUUCUUUCCACCUACGGAUUUGAUGGCGAGAACACCCCCAUCAUCGCGGGAUCUGCCCUCUGUGCUUUGGAGCAACGCAACAAGGAGAUUGGCGAAGAUGCCAUCAUGAAGUUGAUGGACGCUGUAGACACUCACAUUGACACCCCCAUCCGUGACUUUGAGAAGCCUUUCCUGAUGCCUGUGGAGGAUGUCUUCUCUAUUUCUGGACGUGGUACCGUCGCCACCGGUCGUGUCGAGCGUGGUACCAUUACCAAGGGUGCUGAGAUCGAGAUUGUCGGUAUGGGAGCCAGCUUCAAGACUAUCUUGACCGGCAUCGAGAUGUUCCACAAGGAGCUCGACCGUGGUCAGGCUGGUGACAAUAUGGGUGCACUUCUCCGUGGUGUCAAGCGUGAGCAGCUCCGUCGUGGUAUGGUCCUGGCACAGCCCGGCACUGUCAAGGCCUACAAGAAGUUUGCUGCGUCGCUGUACAUUUUGACCAAGGACGAGGGUGGACGUCACACCGGAUUCUUGAACAACUACCGCCCCCAGAUGUUUGUCCGCACCAGCGAUGUUACCGUUACAUUGACGCACCCUCCUACUGAGGAGGAUCCCGAGAAGAUGGUCCUGCCCGGCGACAAUGUCACGAUGCAGUGCGAGCUCGUCAACGGCGUUCCAUUGGAGAAGGGUCAGCGCUUCACCAUCCGUGAGGGCGGCCGCACUGUCGGAACCGGUGUUGUGUCCGAGUUAGUGGAGUAA